AGCUCAAGAAGAAGGAAGAGGAUAGGACUGUGUUCCCUACUGCAGGGUGAUGGACAGAUAAGACCGCUACGAUGACAGACAACGCCCUCAUUAGCCCCUCCUCCAAGCUGUCCUUCCAGCUGGCAGCCAUCCGCGUGGUCAGCCUGCCCCAUACCCUCUACAACUCCCUCUCACAGGUAAGAAUCUACCAUUGACAAUAUGAGCCAACUCAGUGGCCUUGUGGUUAGUGUCUGCUCUGAAUCUGUUUGUUCAAUCCCCGGUCGAGGGUUGUGGGUUUGAUCCCAGGUCGAGUCAUACCAAAGACUCUAAAAAUGGGACUCGAUGCCUCUGCUCGGCACUCAGCAUUAAGGAGAUGGAUUGUGGGGAAGGCCAUGUGACGGACAAGCGUCCUGUCCAGGGUGUGCACUUGAACAUCAAGCUGCCUCACACUACAAAAACAGGAGAUGGGCUCCUUCCCUAUGUGCCGUUGUUGUGGUUGCAUAAAGGCAUCCGCGUGCUUCCAAGCCGAAACAGUUCGGAAGAGUUUGUGCAUAUAUAAUGACGACUUUUGUUCAUUUUGGACUUUUCAGCUGUUCAGGCACACAUCAAGCCAAAGUUGGGAGCAGAAUCUAGGCCCCUUCGUCGACAGUAGAGAUUCUUCAAAAAGUCUGUCAUUCAACGAGAGACUACUUGUUUUCAUGCAUAUUUAUUCAUUGAGAAAUACUGCACUUGUUUUAUGUUGCGUCUGUGGCAUUAGGUGGUGUGAACUGACGUAGAUAAACCAUUCAUAUUACAUUUUAGUCAUUUAGCAGAAGCUCUUAUCCAGAGCGACUUAGUUAGUGCAUUCAUCUUAAGAUGGCUAGGUGAGACUACCACCUAGCACAGUACUUAGUGAGUAAGGUCGUACUCUACGGAUGUUGUGGAACAUGAACCUGCAGCAGUGAGUCACUGUUUUGACGUUGUCCAGGGUCACGCCAAUGUUCUUUGCACUCUGGGAGGGGUACACAGUGGCGUCAACCGUGAUCGAGAGGUCUUGAAGCGGGCACGCCUUCCUUGGGAGGAAGAGCAGCUCUGUCUUGUUGAGCUUGAGGUGGUGGGCCGACUUCCAAGCUGAGAUAUCUGGCAUGCAGAAAUGCACGUCGUCACCUGAGUUUCGGAAGGGGAAUGAGAAAAGUAGUGUCAUCUACAUAGCAAAGAUAGGAGAGACCAUGAGAGGAUAUGACUGCGGCAGCUGACUUGAUAGAGGAGAGGGCCUAGAACCAAGCCCUGGGGGACCCCAGUAGUAAGGGCACGUGGUGGACACAGAUCCUCUCCACGUCACCUGGUCGGAGCGACCUGUCAGUCCUCUCCACGUCCACCUGGUAGGAGCGACCUGUCAGGUAGGAUGCAAUCCAGGAGUGUGCAGAGCCUGAGACGCCCAGCCCUGAGAGGGUGGACAGGAGGAUCUGGUUGGUUCACGGUGUCAAAGGCAGCAGAUGGAUCUAGGAGGAUGAGAACAGAGGAGUGUCAGCUUUGGCAGUGUGGAUUAAAAAAAAAUAUCAGAACAUCCCACGGAGCACCAUUUUUAAAUCCAUUAUUAAAAAAUUGAAAGAAUAUGACACCCAACAAACCUGCCAAGAGAGGGCCGCCCACCAAAACUCACGGACCAGGCAAGGAGGGCAUUAAUCAGAGAGGCAACAAAGAGACCAAAGAUAACCCUGAAGGAGCUGCAAAGCUCCCCAGCGGAGAUUGGAGUAUCUGUCCAUAGGACCACUUUAAGAUUUACACUCCACAGAGCUGGGCUUUACGGAAGAGUGGCCAGAAAAAGCUGUUUGGUGUUUGCCAAAAGGCAUGUGAGAGACUCCCCAAACAUAUGGAAGAAGGUACUCUGGUCAGGUGAGACUAAAAUUGAGCUUUUUGGCCAUCAAGGAAAACGCUAUGUCUGGCGCAAACCCAACACCUCUCAUCACCCCGAGAACACCAUCUCCGAUGUUUUUCAUCGGCAGGGACUGGGAAACUGGUCAGAAUUGAAGGAAUGAUGAAUGGCGCUAAAUAUGGGGAAAUUCUUGAGGGAAACCUGUUUCAGUCUUCCAGAGAUGUGAGACUGGGACGGAGGUUCACCUUCCAGCAGGACAAUGACCCUAAGCAUACUGCUAAAGCAACACUCGAGUGGUUUAAGGGGAAACAUUUAAAUGUCUUGGAAUGGCCUAGUCAAAGCCCAGACCUCAAUCCAAUUGAGAAUCUCUGGUAUGACUUAAAGAUUGCUGUACACCAGCGGAACCCAUCCAACUUGAAGGAGCUGGAGCAGUUUUGCCUUAAAGAAUGGGCAAAAAUCCCAGUGGCUAGAUGUACCAAGCUUAUAGAGACAUACCCCAAGAGACUUGCAGCUGUAAUUGCUGCAAAAGGUGGCUCUACAAAGUAUUGUCUUUGGUGAAUAGUUAUGCACGCUCAAGUUUUCAGUUUUUAUGUCUUAUUUCUUGUUUGUUUCACAAUAAAAUAUUUAGCAUCUUCAAAGUGGUAGGCAUGUUGUGUAAAUCAAAUGAUACAAACCCCCCAAAAAAUCAAUUUUCCUUCCAGGUUGUAAGGCAACAAAAUAAGAAAAAUGCCAAUGGGGGGGGGGGUGAAUACUUUCGCAAGCCACUGUAGCUGGACAUUGUAAAGUCUGCUUCCUGCCAUCACUGUAAUGGUAAACGUUUUGCAGUAGUCCCUCCCUCCCUGUCUCAGUCCGCUUACUUGUCUUCUGUGCCUAAGGAAUGACUCAUUAUGCACAUUUUUACCGUCCCUCUCUGCAUCUCUCUCUCUCUCUCUCUCUCUCUCUCCUCAUCGCUCGGCUGUCUUUCCUCCCCCAGGUGGUGAGCAUCAGUACAGUCACUAAGAAGGUCGUUGCUGCUACAGCCUUCAGCGCAGUGUGUCUCCUCUUCCUCGCCCGUCACUUCCAGAGGAGGAAAGGCAGGAAGAAGGGAGUCCAGUCCCCAGUCCAGUGGGAGCAGACGGGGACCUUGGAGUUCCUGGACCUGGUAGUCCACCAGGAGAAAGGUAAAGAUGGAGAAAUGUACCUACUUAUACACCUGACCCAGAAUAGGAAGAUGGUUAGUGAAAGUUACGUUUCUCCUUGGGAUCCAGCUAGUUGACUGGAGUGAAGAGACUCAGUUUCCUCUGAUUUUUAAAGUCAUUUAAAUAAGAAGUGGCAAUAGUCAUUUUAAAUAUUGCAUCAUUAAAGAAUUCUAAUGAAACCUGACUGUCGUUUUGCAUGUGUAGAUGCCUACAGUUUCCAGAACUGUAAGAAUAUCUACUCCUGUGGCCUUGUACCCAACGGAGGACCUCACAGCAAGCUGUCUGUGUCACUACAGAGUCUGGCCUCGGUAAGACCACACAGAUAUGAUCCACAGUUGGAAUUUGCUACUGUUUACCAGAAGGGGUCAAUAUUUCCUCAUCAGUCAAUUCAAUAGGAAUUUCUCAGCUGAUGUGGUCGACGAAAGAUUCCAAAUGACUUGGAUUGCUGAAUGUGGUGUUCUUCUAUUGACUGACGGUUUCUUCCACCAGGUAAAUAGUAUGAACUCAUCCUGUACCUGCUGGGAUGAAGAGCACUGUAAUGUAGUCAACAUCCCUGUUACCACGCCUGAAAACCUCUACCUCUUGGGUGAGAACACACGCACACACUGGUCUUGCUUGUGUUGAGGGGGCCUUGCGUUGGUGUGUGUUUUAUAAUUGGGCAGUAAGGUCCUGGGGGGGGGGGGGUAUAUUUAAGCAGUAAGGCCCAGGGUAUAUGGCCAAUAUACCACGUCUAAGGGCUGUUAGGCACGACGUGUACACACACACACACACACACAAGCACACACACACAGAUUAACACACAGACGCACAUAUACCAUAAACCCCAAGGUGCCUUAUUGCUAUUAUAAAAUAGUUACUAACAUAAAUGCAAAAGUAAAAGUAGUAUUUUUUUGCAUUAUACCUGUGGUUAUAAAUGCUGUUUUCAUCCAAUCAGCAUCCAGGACCCGACCUUCCCGGGUUUAUAAUGUGUGUUGUCUGCCAGGUAUGGGGCUGUUUGAGGAGGCUCUGAGGCGGUGGGAGCAGGCCUUAACCUUUAGUGGCAGACCAGGGGAGGAGGAGACAGACUGUGCCUCUGUUCAACCGGAGGCUGGAGACUUCACAGCUGAGGAGAGUGUAGAGGUGAACACACACACUGGGGCUGGAGACGCCAUCAGAGAGGAGAGUGUAGAGGGGAACACUGGGGCUGGAGACGCCAUCAGAGAGGAGAGUGUAGAGGGGAACACACUGGGGCUGGAGACGCCAUCAGAGAGGAGAGUGUAGAGGGGAACACACUGGGGCUGGAGACGCCAUCAGAGAGGAGAGUGUAGAGGGAAACACUGGGGCUGGAGACGCCAUCAGAGAGGAGAGUGUAGAGGGGAAAAGUGUAGAGGGGAACACACUGGGGCUGGAGACGCCAUCAGAGAGGAGAGUGUAGAGGGGAACACACUGGGGCUGGAGACGCCAUCAGAGAGGAGAGUGUAGAGGGGAACACACUGGGGCUGGAGACGCCAUCAGAGAGGAGAGUGUAGAGGGGAACACUGGGGCUGGAGACACCAUCAGAGAGGAGAGUGUAGAGGGGAACACUGGGGCUGGAGACGCCAUCAGAGAGGAGAGUGUAGAGGGGAACACACUGGAGCUGGAGACACCAUCAGAGAGGAGAGUGUAGAGGGGAACACACUGGGGCUGGAGACAUCAUCAGAGAGGAGAGUGUAGAGGGGAACACACUGGGGCUGGAGACGCCAUCAGAGAGGAGAGUGUAGAGGGGAACACACUGGGGCUGGAGACGCCAUCAGAGAGGAGAGUGUAGAGGGAACACUGGGGCUGGAGACACCAUCAGAGAGGAGAGUGUAGAGGGGAACACACUGGGGCUGGAGACGCCAUCAGAGAGGAGAGUGUAGAGGGAACACAACUGGAGCUGGAGACACCAUUCAGAGAGGAGCGUGUGGAUGGGAACAACUGGGGCUGGUAGACGCCAUCAAGAGGAGAAGUGAGUAGCGGGGAAAAAACUGGGGCAUGAGACGCCAUCAGAGAGGAGAUGGGUGAGAGGGGAACAACACUGGGGCUGGGAGACGCCAUCAGAGAGGAGAGUGUAGAGGGGAACCCCUGGGGCUGGAGACGCCAUCAGAGAGGAGAGUGUAGAGGGAACACUGGGGCUGGAGACGCCAUCAGAGAGGAGAGUGUAGAGGGGAACACACUGGGGCUGGAGACGCCAUCAGAGAGGAGAGUGUAGAGGGGAACACACUGGGGAGCGGGAUGACGCCAUCAUCCAGAAGAGGGAGAGUGGGUAGAGGGGAACACACUGGGGCUGGAAGACGCCAUCAGAGAGGAGAGUUGUAAGAGGGGAACACACUGGGAGGCUGGAGACUGCCAUCAGAAGAGAAGAGUGGUAGAGGGGAACACUGGGAGCUGGAGACACCAUCAGAGAGGAGAGUGUAGAGGGGAACACUGGGGCUGGAGACGCCAUCAGAGAGGAGAGUGUAGAGGGGAACACACUGGGCUGGAGACGCCAUCAGAGAGGAGAGUGUAGAGGGGGGGAACACACUGGGCUGGAGACGCCAUAGAGGAGAGUGUAGAGGAACACUGGCUGGAGAACCAAAAGGAGGUGUAGGGGAACACACUGGGGCUGGAGACGCCAUCAGAGAGGAGAGUGUAGAGGGGAACACACUGGGGCUGGAGACGCCAUCAGAGAGGGAGAGUGUAGAGGGGAACACUGGGGCUGGAGACACCAUCAGAGAGGAGAGUGUAGAGGGGAACAACUGGGGCUGGAGACGCCAUCAGAGAGGAGAGUGUAGAGGGAACACACUGGGGCUGGAGACACCAUCAGAGAGGAGAGUGUGGAGGGGAAACACUGGGGCUGGAGACACCAUUAGAGAGGAGAGUGUGAAGGGGAACACUGGGGCUGGAGACGCCAUCAGAGAGGAGAGUGUAGAGGGGAAAUAACUGGGGCUGGAGACGCCAUCAGAGAGGAGAGUGUAGGGGGGGAACACUGGGGCUGGAGACGCCAUCAGAGAGGAGAGUGUAGAGGGGAACACGGGGCUGGAGACGCCCAUAGAGAGGAGAGUGUAGAGGGGAAACACUGGGGUGGAGACACCAUCAGAGAGGAGAGUGUAGAGGGGAACACUGGGGCUGGAGACACCAUCAGAGAGGAGAGUGUAGAGGGGAAACACUGGGGCUGGAGACGCCAUCAGAGAGGAGAGUGUAGGAGGGAACACUGGGGCUGGAGACGCCAUCAGAGAGGAGAGUGUAGAGGGGAACACUGGGGCUGGAGACGCCAUCAGAGAGGAGAGUGUAGAGGGGAACACUGGGGCUGGAGACGCCAUCAGAGAGGAGAGUGUAGAGGGGAACACACUGGGGCUGGAGACGCCAUCAGAGAGGAGAGUGUAGAGGGGAAACACUGGGGCUGGAGACGCCAUCAGAGAGGAGAGUGUAGAGGGGAACACUGGGGCUGGAGACACCAUCAGAGAGGAGAGUGUAGAGGGGAACAACUGGGGCUGGAGACACCAUCAGAGAGGAGAGUGUAGAGGGGAACACACUGGGGCUGGAGAACCCCAUCAGAGAGGAGAGUGUAGAGGGGAACAACUGGGGCUGGAGACGCCAUCAGAGAGGAGAGUGUAGAGGGGAACACUGGGGCUGGAGACGCCAUCAGAGAGGAGAGUGUAGAGGGGAACACUGGGGCUGGAGACACCAUCAGAGAGGAGAGUGUAGAGGGGAACAACGGGGCUGGAGACGCCAUCAGAGAGGAGAGUGUAGAGGGAACACCUGGGGUGGGAGACGCCAUCAGAGAGAAGUGAGAGCUGUGGAGAUGAGUGUAGGGAACACUGGGGCUGGAGACGCCAUCAGAGAGGAGAGUGUAGAGGGGAACACACUGGGGCUGGAGACGCCAUCAGAGAGGAGAGUGUAGAGGGGAACACUGGGGCUGGAGACCUCAAGAGAGAGUGUAAGGGAACUGGCGCAUCAGAGAGGAGAGUGUAGAGGGAACACUGGGGCUGGAGACGCCAUCAGAGAGGAGAGUGUAGAGGGAACACUGGGGCUGGAGAGCACUCAGAGAGGAGAGUGUAGAGGGGAACACACUGGGGCUGGAGACGCCAUCAGAGAGGAGAGUGUAGAGGGGAAAUAACUGGGGCUGGAGACGCCAUCAGAGAGGAGAGUGUAGAGGGGAAAUAACUGGGGCUGGAGACGCCAUCAGAGAGGAGAGUGUAGAGGGAAACACACACUGGGGCUGGAGACGCCAUCAGAGAGGAGAGUGUAGAGGGGAACACUGGGGCUGGAGACGACCAUCAGAGAGGAGAGUGUAGAGGGAAACAACUGGGGCUGGAGACGCCAUCAGAGAGGAGAGUGUAGAGGGGAACACUGGGGCUGGAGACGCCAUCAGAGAGGAGAGUGUAGAGGGGAACACACUGGGGCUGGAGACGCCAUCAGAGAGGAGAGUGUAGAGGGGAACACUGGGGCUGGAGACACCAUCAGAGAGGAGAGUGUAGAGGGGAAACUGGGGCUGGAGACACCAUCAGAGAGGGAGAGUGUAGAGGGGAACACUGGGGCUGGAGACCCAUCAGAGAGGAGAGUGUAGAGGGGAACACUGGGGCGGAGACCCAUCAGAGAGGAGAGUGUAGAGGGGAACACACUGGGCUGGAGACGCCACAGAGAGGAGAGUGUAGGGGGGAACACUGGGGCUGGAGACGCCAAAAAAAAAAAAUCAGAGAGGAGGUGUGAGGGGAACACUGGGCUGGAGACGCCAUCAGAGAGGAGAGUGUAGAGGGAACACUGGGGCGGGAAAACGCCAUCAGAGAGGGAGUUAGAGGGGAACACAUGGGGCGGGAGACCCCUUUAGAGAGGGAGUGUAGAGGGGAACACGGGGCCUGGAGACCCAUAAGAGAGGAGAGUGUAGAGGGAAACACUGGGCUGAGACCCAUCAGAGAGGAGAGUGUAGAGGGGAACAUGGGGCUGGAGACCCAGAAGGAGAGUGAGAGGGGAACACACUGGGCUGGAGACGCCAUCAGAGAGGAGAGUUGUAGGGGAACACUGGGGCUGGAGACCCAUCAGAGAGGAGUGUAGAGGGGAACACCUGGGCUGGAGACCCAUCAGAGAGGAGAGUGUAGGGGGGAACCCCUGGAGCUGGAGACACACAGAGAGAGAGUGUAGGGGGGAAACACUGGAGCUGGAGACCCAUCAGAGGGGAGAGUGUGGGGGGAAACCCAAAACUGGGGCUGGAGACCCAUCAGAGAGGAGAGUGUAGAGGGGAAACACUGGAGCUGGAGACACCUCAGAGAGGAGAGUGUGGGGGGAACCUGGAGCUGGAGACACCAUCAGAGAGGAGAGUUGGAGGGGAACACUGGGCUGGAGACACCAUCAGAGAGGAGAGUGUAGAGGGGAACACUGGAGCUGGAGACACCAUCAGAGAGGAGAGUGUAGAGGGGAACACUGGGGCUGGAGACACCAUCAGAGAGGAGAGUGUGGAGGGGAGAACGUAUCGGUAUGCCAAACAUUUUACAAUCAACUGUAGCUACUUGUGGAAUCUCUAAGUGUAGAAACCCAGCCUAAAACCCCAAACAGCAAGCAAUGCAGAUAUAGAAGCACGGUGGCUAGGAAAAACUCCCUAGAAAGGCAGGAACCUAGGAAGAAUCCUAGAGAGGAACCAGGCUCUGAGGGGUGGCCAGUCCUCUUCUGGCUGUGCCGGGUGGAGAUUAUAAGAGUACAUGGCCAUUAAGGCCAGAUCGUUCUUCAAGACGUUCAAACGUUCAUAGAUGACCAGCAGGGUCAUUCAGAGGUCGAGACAGCAAGUGCGGUAGAGAGAGUCAAAAACAGCCGGUCUGGGACAAGGUAGCACGUCCGGUUAACAGGUCAGGGUUCCAUAGCCGCAGGCAGAAGAGUUGAAACUGGAGCAGCAGCACGACCAGGUGGACUGGGGACAGCCAGGAGUCAUCAGGCCAGGUAGUCCUGAGGCAUGGUCAUAGGGCUCAGGUCCUCUGGGAGGGGAGGGAGGGAGAGAGAGAGAGAGAGAGAGAAUUAGAGGGAGCAUGUCUGGUGUCUCUCUCUGUCUGGUGUCUCUCUAUGUCUGGUGUCUCUCUAUGUCUGGUGUCUCUCUCUGUCUGGUGCCUCUCUCUGUCUGGUGUCUCUCUCUGUCUGGUGUCUCUCUCUGUCUGGUGUCUCUCUCUGUCUGGUGUCUCUCUCUGUCUGGUGUCUCUCUCUGUCUGGUGUCUCUCUCUGUCUGGUGUCUCUCUCUGUCUGGUGUCUCUCUCUGUCUGGUGUCUCUCUCUAUGUCUGGUGUCUCUAUGUCUGGUGUCUCUCUCUGUCUGGUGUCUCUCUCUGUCUGGUGUCUCUCUCUGUCUGGUGUCUCUCUCUGUCUGGUGUCUCUCUCUGUCUGGUGUCUCUCUGUCUGGUGUCUCUCUAUGUCUGGUGUCUCUUCUAUGUCUGGUGUCUCUCUCUGUCUGGUGUCUCUCUCUGUCUGGUGUCUCUCUCUGUCUGGUGUCUCUCGCUGUCUGGUGUCUCUCGCUGUCUGGUGUCUCUCGCUGUCUGGUGUCUCUCUCUGUCUGGUGUCUCUCUAUGUCUGGUGUCUCUCUAUGUCUGGUGUCUCUCUCUGUCUGGUGUCUCUCUCUGUCUGGUGUCUCUCUCUGUCUGGUGUCUGGUGUCUCUAUGUCUGGUGUCUCUCUCUGUCUGGUGUCUCUCUCUGUCUGGUGUCUCUCUGUCUGGUGUCUCUCUAUGUCUGGUGUCUCUCUCUGUCUGGUGUCUCUCUCUCUCGGUCUCUCUCUCUGUCUGGUCUUGGGGUUGGCUGGGGUCCGUUUGUGUAUGUAGCUAGAAUAUGUGUCUAGUAGGGUGUGUAUGUAUGGGAGUGCAGUAUGUACUGUGUGUGCAUAAAGUUGUGUUCUUGUAACAUCUUUGAUAUCUGUGUCUUCCUGGUCAGGACCUUAUCAGUGCAGAGUUUAUCCAUAAGAUGGAGUGUCUCCUCCAGAGAGCGUACAGACUACAGGAGGAGUUUGAAGGAGCUUUGAGCAUUCCGGAACCUUCCUCACACAGCGGCAGCCACGGUGAGACCGCUCACACAGCCAGACACACACACACACACACACACACACACAGCCAGACACACACACACACACACACACACACACACACACACACACACACACACAGCCAGCCAGACACACACACACACACACACACACACACACACACACACACAGCCACACACACACACACACACACACACACAGCCAGACACACACACACACACACACACAGCCAGACACACACACACACACACACACAGCCAGACACACACACAGCCAGACACACACGGAAAGGGACAUACACACACACAGCCAGACACACACACACACACACACACACACACACACAGCCAGACACACACACACACACACACACACAGCCAGACACACCACACACCACACACACACACAACACACACACACACCACGCCAGACACACACACACACACACACAGCCAGACACACACACACAGCCAGACACACACACACACACAGCCAGACACACAGCCAGACACACACGGAAAGGGACACACACACACACACACACACACACACUCACACAGGGAUAUAAACUCACUCCGUCACACACACAUAUACACACACACACACAGGGAUAUAAACUCACUCCGUCACACACACACACUCAAACCGUACUCACACACACAGAGGAUAUUUUCCAUGACGUGAUAGUUCUGGUGUGAGCAACUCCGAAGCGCUCUGUGCGACGUGCAGUUCAGUACGCUGCUUCCACAUUCUACUGAUGUGAACUCUUCAUCAAACCCUGCUAGUCAUCUGUCUCCACAUGGCCCCACUGGUCAGUAAACCCUACAGGCUCAUCUGGAACCAGGCCAAAGUACUACUGUUACACACUUAUUGACGAGUUGACAAGACGUGAUUUAUGCAUCUGUGUUGUCUCCAUAGAGAUGCAUUAAAGAGGCAAUCUCCAGUUCAAACAGUAACAAAGCUUUCACCCCACUGUUUUUUUUUGGUAAAACAGCUGAGGCUAGAGAAAUGUAACCGCUCUCAAAUUCAUAGACAAGAGCUAUGGAUGCAAUGACUGACCGUCCAUGACAUCAACGUUAUAGUUUCAACCAUUUUGUUUCAGAUAAGACUCCAGUGUCGUGUAGAGAUUUAUGAUGAUGAUUUUUAGUGUGUAGUAGCGUGGUUCUAUAGCGUGUUUAAAAAAUAUUUAGUUUCAGACUCCAGUGUCGUGUAGAGGUGAUGGGGUAGAAGUGGCCAAUGUUCCCUCUAAUGUUUUGGGGCACUGAGCAAAUUUGAGGUCUUGUGAGUGGAACUUUUUUGUUCAACUUCCAGCACGUGUUUCCACUGAGGCUGUACCCUGACAGUUUUAGACAUUAGCCAACAGGCUGUACCCUGACAGUUUUAGACAGCCACAAUAGACUAUAGGCUACUAUCUGAGCAUAAUGUAGGCCUACCUACAAAACCAAUGGAGCGAAUCCCAUAACAUUUACACAUGGAAAUAGCUUUUGAUGUGUCUAUGAUAUAGCCUACAGCAGCCUAUAGGUGGUGUUCAAUGCAGGCCUACAUUGCAUGACCCUUUUUAAAAACGUGUGGUCCUCUGAUUGGUCCUCUGUAGCUCAGCUGGUAGAGCACGGCACUUGGUCCUCUGUAGCUCAGCUGGUAGAGCACGGCACUUGGUCCUCUGUAGCUCAGCUGGUAGAGCACGGCACUUGGUCCUCUGUAGCUCAGCUGGUAGAGCACGGCGCUUGGUCCUCUGUAGCUCAGCUGGUAGAGCACGGCACUUGGUCCUCUGUAGCUCAGCUGGUAGAGCACGGCACUUGGUCCUCUGUAGCUCAGCUGGUAGAGCACGGCACUUGGUCCUCUGUAGCUCAGCUGGUAGAGCACGGCGCUUGGUCCUCUGGAGCUCAGCUGGUAGAGCACGGCACUUGGUCCUCUGUAGCUCAGCUGGUAGAGCACGGCGCUUGGUCCUCUGUAGCUCAGCUGGUAGAGCACGGCGCUUGUAACGCCAAGGUAGUGGGUUCGAUCCCCCGGGACCACCCAUACACAACAAAAAUGUAUGCACACAUGACUGUAAGUCACUUUGGAUAAAAGCGUCUGCUAAAUGGCUUAUUAUUAUUAUUAUUAUUAUUUUACAUUAUGUAGCUUGACAUGAAUCAAUUCUUUUUUUACUUGGCCUGUAACACAAUGGGCCAAAUAGGUGACUGUAAAUUGUGUUGUAUGAUGGUGCAAGAAACUACUUUACAAAGAGUUGCAAAGACAAUGUAGGCUAUUCCUCUGCAUAUUCAAGCCUGUCUCAAAAUUCAACACUGCCCCUUUUUAAUUAAGACACAAGCUUUUUUUUACCUGACUGGCUUUUCAAAGACAGCUUGAAAUGUAGCCUUCACGUUUUGUGCUCUUGUAGGAAGCAGUAUCUAACUCCCCAUUGCUGACCUAUACUUAUCUAUAACUGGGCUAAUAACUCGCUAACUAGCAAAAAAAAUAUCAAAAGAUGUUCAUGUGCGGCUCUGAUCUGAACUAAUCACUCGCGGGUGAUUUGAAAGACCCCUCGUGGGCUACCCCGUUGCGCUCUGGCUCUGCCUACAACAUCAGACUCAGUUUUACAAAAGUUUUUAGAUUUGUUUUGGUUUGUUGCAUUGAAAAGGGGCUGAUUCGAUCACAGAAAAAACGUUGAUCUAUAUAGUGCGAACUCGGUGAAGUUCAAUCUCUUGCAUCUCUGCGCAUCAUGGCAUUUCUUCAGAGCGCCAGUCCUGGAGGAAGUGCGCGGCCGUGCACGUGUGCAGUUUAAAGGAUGAGCCAUGACCAAUGUUCCCUCUAUACAGCGCAUUCGGAACGUAUUCAGACCCCUUUUUCCACGUUACAGGCUUAUUCUAAACUUGAUUAAACAUUUUUUUUAAAUAAUAAUCUCAAUCAACACACAAUACCCCAAAAUGUCAAAGGAAAAACUGGUGUUUUAGACAUUUUUGCAAAUGUAUAAAAAAGAAAAGGAAAAAAUUGAAAUACAUUUACAUAAGUAUUCAGACCCUUUACUCAGUACUCUUUUGAAGCACCUUUGGCAGCGAUUACAGCAUCGAGUCUUCUAUGACCCUACAAGCUUGGCACACCUUUAUUUGGGGAGUUUCUCCCAUUCUUCUCUGCAGUUCCUCUCAAGGUCUGUCAGGUUGGAUGGGGAGCGUCGCUGCACAGCUAUUUUCAGGUCUCUCCAGAUAUGUUCGAUCGGGUUCAAGUCCGGGCUCUGGCUGGGCCACUCAAGGACAUUCAGAGAAUUGUCCCGAAGCCACUCCUGCGUUGUCUUGGCUGUGUGCUUAGGGUCGUUGUCCUGUUAGAAGGUGAACCUUCGCCCCAGUCUGAGGUCCUGAGCGCUCUGGAGCAGGUUUUUCAUCAAGGAUCUCUCUACUUUGCUCUGUUCAUCUUUCCCUCGAUCCUGACUAGUCUCCCAAUCCCUGCCGCUGAAAAACAUCCCCACAGCAUGAUGCUGCCACCACCAUGCUUCACCGUAGGGAUGGUGCCAGAUUUUCUCCAGACGUGACACUUGGCAUUCAGGCCAAAGAGUUCAAUCGUGGUUUCAUCAGACCAGAGAAUCUUGUUUCUCAUGGUCAGAGUCCUUUAGGUGCCUUUUGGCAAACUCCAAGUGGGCUGUCAUGUGCCUUUUACUGAGGAGUGGCUUCCGUCUGGCCACUCUACCAUAAAGGCCUGAUUGGUGGAGUGCUGCAGAGAUGGUUGUCCUUCUGGAAGGUUCUCCCAUCUCCACAGAGGAACUCUGGAACGCUCUCAGAGUGACCAUCGGGUUCUUGGUCACCUCCCUGACCAAGGCCCUUCUCCCCCGAUUGCUCAGUUUGGCCGGGCGGCCAGCUCGAGGAAGAGUCUUGGUGGUUCCAAACUACUUCCAUUUAAUGGAGGCCACUGUGUUCUUGGGGACCUUCAAUGCUUCAGAAAAUGUUUUGGUACCCUUCCCCAGAUCUGGGCCUCGACACAAUCCUGUCUCAGAGCUCUACGGACAAUUCCUUCGACCUCAUGGCUUGGUUUUUUCUCUGACAUGCACUGUCAACUGUGGGACCUUAUAUAGACAGGUGUGUCCCUUUCUAAAUCAUGUCCAAUCAAUUGAAUUUACCACAGGUGUACUCAAUCAAGUUGUAGAAACAUCUCAAGGAUGAUCAAUGGAAACAAGAUCCACCAGAGCUCAAUUUCGAGUCUCAUAGCAAAGGGUCUGAAAACGUAUGUAAAUAAGGUUGAUAUAAUUAUUUUAUUUUUUUAUGUAUUUUUUUAUAAAUUUGCAAACAUUUCUAAAAUCCUGCUUUCGCUUUGUCGUUAUGGGGUAUUAUGUGUACAUUGAGGACAUUUUUAUUUAUUUAAUAUAUUUUAGAUUAAGGCUGUAUCGUAACAAAAAUGUGGAAAAGGGUAGGGGUCUGAAUACUUUGUUUUACAUUUCUAGAUUAUUGUUUUUUAAAAUUAUUAUUUGUGUACUUGUUUGACAUUAUACUGCAUUGUUAGGAGCUAGUAACAUAAGCAUUUCGCUGCACUCUCUAUAACAUCUGCUAAACUGUGUACGCGACCAAUAGACUUGUAUUUUGUUUCAGGUAAGACUCCGGUGUUUUGUAGCGACGAUCUGGAUGAUGAGGUGUCCUGUCUCAGAGACUCCAUCAGCAUCGCCUCCAACGACUCCUUUGUGUCUGCUGCAGAGGUAAGACUCCCCUCACACCGUAUAGUGCUGGCAUUACAUUACCAGGCUGGCUCAGUCCAGUCUAUAUAUAUAUAUAUUAAUGUGUUUAUUAUUUUCUAAUAAAAAAAAGACAGAUGGAAACAUUGUAGUGUUGAAUGGCAACUUUAGAGGACAAAACUUAACAUACAAAAAUAAAAUAAACAAUCCUAUUAGGUGGUACAUCUAUUAUAAGACGGCAUAUAGUCAUUACAAGCAGUUAAACCAAAAAUCCAUAUUGAAUGGAGACUACAGCACAGCGUGGCAGCAGAUCACAGCGUGGCAGCAGAGCACAGCGUGGCAGCAGAGCACAGCGUGGCAGCAGAGCACAGCGUGGCAGCAGAGCACAGCGUGGCAGCAGAGCACAGCGUGGCAGCAGAUCAUCAACCCAGUUAUGGAGAGACCAUUUAUCUAUUAUCGUCUGCCAUAUUUUGUAAAAACAUUUUACUUCUAUUGGAGGUAUUGUAUCCAAUCUUUUCCGAUAUGCAUUGCAUUACAUUCCCUAAAUCCUGUAACCACAUUUCAAAGGUAGGUACGGUCUCCGAUUUCUAACAUUUCAACAUGAGGCUUUUUGGCUAAAAGAGGACAAAGAGAGACAGCAGAGAGAACUUCCUGGUUAUUCCCAUCAACUGUACCAAACAGAGAGACAGCAGAGAGAACUUCCUGGUUAUUCCCAUCAACUGUACCAAACCGAGAGACAGCAGAGAGAACUUCUUGGUUAUUCCCAUCAACUGUACCAAACAGAGAGACAGCAGAGAGAACUUCCUGGUUAUUCCCAUCAACUGUACCAAACAGAGAGACAGCAGAGAGAACUUCCUGGUUAUUUCCAUCAACUGUACCAAACAGAGAGACAGCAGAGAGAACUUCCUGGUUAUUCCCAUCAACUGUACCAAACAGAGAGACAGCAGAGAGAACUUCCUGGUUAUUUCCAUCAACUGUACCAAACAGAGAGACAGCAGAGAGAACUUCCUGGUUAUUCCCAUCAACUGUACUAAACAGAGAGACAGCAGAGAGAACUUCCUGGUUAUUCCCAUCAACUGUACCAAACAGAGAGAACUUCCUGGUUAUUCCCAUCAACUGUACCAAACAGAGCGAUCAAUGGGUCUGGGGCUUUAUCAAAGGCUUUAGAUAAGUCAUCAAAAAGGAGAGCCCAGUAAGCAUGUAACUUAGGUCAUGUCCAAAAUAAGUGGGUCAAAGUCCCCUCAUCCUGCUGGCACCUCACACAGUGGUGAGGUAUCUGGGAAUAUUUUAUGCAGUUUAACCUUUGAGUAAUGUAACCUGUGUAUCACCUUACACGGAAAAAUGUUGUGUCUGGCAUUCACUGAACUGUGGUUUAUAUUCCUGAGAGCUUCUACCAACUUCUCAACUGAUAUUUCUGAACCAAGUUGCUGCUCUCAAGCCUUUUUAAUAGUGUCUGUGGAUACCUCUGGACCUGUAGCACAUCCUAAAGUCUAGAGACCGACCCUUUUGAAUAGGACAUUUCCACCAGAGCUGUUGCCAGAGAAUUAAAUGCUCAUUUCUCUACCAUAAGCCACCUCCAACGUUGUUUUAGGGAUUUUGGCAGUAUGUCCAACCUGCUUCACAACCGCAGACCACGUGUAACCACGCCAGCCCAGGACCUCCACAUCCGGCUUCUUCACCUGCAGGACCAUCUGAGACCAGCCACCCGGACAGCUGAUGAAACUGUGGGUUUGCACAACCGAAGAAUGUCUACACAAACUAUCAGAAACCGUCUCAGGGAAGCUCAUCUGCGUGUUCGUCGUCCUCACCAGGGUCUUGACCUGCCUGUAGUUCGGCGUCGUAACCGACUUCAGUGGGCAAAUGCUCACCUUCAAUAGCCACUGGCACGCUGGAGAAGUGUGCUCUUCAUGGAUGAAUCCCGGUUUCAACUGUACCGGGCAGAUGGCAGACAGUGUGUAUGGCGUCGUGUGGGCGAGCGGUUUGCUGAUGUCAACGUUGUGAACAGAGUGCCCCAUGGUGGCGGUGGGGUUAUGGUAUAGGCAGGCAUAAGCUACGGACAACGGUCACACUUUGCAUUUUCUCAAUGGCAAUUUGAAUGCACGAGAUCCUGAGGCCCAUUGUCGUGCCAUUCAUCCGCCGCCAUCACCUCAUGUUUCAGCAUGAUAAUGCACGACCCCAUGUUGAAAGGAUCUGUACACAAUUCCUGGAAACUGAAAAUCUAUUCAGACCCUUUGCUAUGAGACUCGAAAUUGAGCUCAGGUGCAUCCUGUUUUCAUUGAUCAUCCUUGAUGUUUCUACAACUUGAUUGGAGUCCACCUGUGGUAAAUCAAUUGAUUGGACAUGAUUUGGAAAGGCACACACCUGUCUAUAUAAGGUCCCACAGUUGACAGUGCAUGUCAGAGCAAAAACCAAGCCAUGAGGUCAAAGGAAUUCAAAUCAAAUCACAUUUUAUUUGUCACAUACACGUGUUUAGCAGAUGUUAUUGCAGGUGUAGCGAAAUGCUUGUGCUUCUAGCUCCGACAGUGCAGUAAUAUCUAACAAUUUCACAACAUAUACCCAAUACACACACAUCUAUUAAGGAAUGGAAUUUAAGAAUAUAUACAUAUAUGGACAAGCAAUGACAGAGCGGCAUGGACUAAGAUACAGUGGAAUAUUAUAGAAUAGAAUGCAGUAUAUACAUAUGAGAUGAGUAGUGCAAGAUAUGGAAACAUUAUUAAAGUGACUAGUGUUCCAUUUCUUAAAGUGGCCAGUGAUUUCAAUAGGCAGCAGCAGCCUCUAAUGUGCUAGUGAUGGCUAUUUAACAGUCUGAUGGCCUUGAGAUAGAAGCUGUUUUUCAUUCUCUCGGUCCCAGCUUUGACGCACCUGUACUGACCUCGCCUUCUGGAUGAUAGCGGGGUGAACAGGCAGUGACUCGGUUGGUUGAUGUCCUUGAUUAUCUUUUUGGCCUUCCUGUGACAUUGUGUGCUGUAGGUGUCUUGGAGGGCGGGUAGUUUGCUUCCGGUAAUGUUGGGCAGACCGCACCACCCUCUGGAGAGCCCUGCAGUUGCCAUACCAGGCGGUGAUACAGCCCGACAGGAUGCUCUCAAUUGUGCAUCUGUAAAAGUUUGUGAGGGUUUUAGGUGCCAAGACAAAUUUAUUCAGCCUCCUGAGGUUGAAGAGGCUCUGUUGGGCCUCCUUCACCACACUGUAUGCGUGGGUGGACCAUUUCAGUUUGUCAGUGUUGUGUACGCCAAGGAACUUGAAGCUUUCCACCUUCUCCACUGCGGUCCCGUCGAUGUGGAUAGGGGGGUGCACCCUCUGCCGUUUCCUGAAGUCCACGAUCUUCUCCUUUGUUUUGUUGACGUUGAGUGAGAGGUUAUUUUCCUGGCACCACACUCCCAGAGCCCUCACCUCCUCCCUGUAGGCGGUCUCGUCAUUGUUGGUAAUCAAGCCUACUACUGUUGUGUCAUCUGCAAACUUGAUGAUUGAGUUGGAGGCGUGCUUGGCCACGCAGUCAUGGGUGAACAGAGAGUACAGGAGGGGGCUGAGCACGCACCCUUGUGGGGCCCCAGUGUUGAGGAUCAGCGUAGUGGAGGUAUUGUUUCUUACCUUCACCACCUGGGGGCGGCCCGUCAGGAAGUCCAGGACCCAGUUGCACAGGGCGGGGUUCAGACCCAGGGCCUCAAGCUUAAUGAUGAGCUUGGAGGGUACUAUGGUGUUGAAUGCUGAGCUGUAGUCAAUGAACAGCAUUCUUACAUAGGUAUUCCUCUUGUCCAGAUGGGAUAGGGCAGUGUACAGUGUGAUGGCGAUUGCAUCGUCUGUGGAUCUAUUGGGGCGGUAAGGAAAUUGAAGUGGGUCUAGGGUGACAGGUAAGGUAGAGGAGAUAUGAUCCUUGACCAGAAUAGAACAGAACAACAGCAAAGGACCUUGUGAAGAUGCUGGAGGAAACAGGUACAAAAGUAUCUAUAUCCACAGUAAAACGAGUCCUAUAUCGACAUAACCUGAAAGGCCGCUCAGCAAGGAAGAAGCCACUGCUCCAAAACCGCCAUAAAGCCAGACUACGGUUUGCAACUGCACAUGGGGACAAAGAUCGUACUUUUUGGAGAAAUGUCCUCUGGUCUGAUGAAACAAAAAUAGAACUGUUUGGCCAUAAUGACCAUCUUUAUGUUUGGAGGAAAAAGGAGGUGGCUUGCAAGCCGACGAACACCAUCCCAACCGUGAAGCACGGGGUGGCAGCAUCAUGCUGUGGGGGUGCUUUGAUGCAGGAGGGACUGGUGCACUUCACAAAAUAGAUGGCAUCAUGAGGAAGGAGAAUUAUGUGGAUAUGUUGAAGCAAUGUCUCAAGACAUCAGUCAGGAAGUUAAAGCUUGGUCGCAAAUGGGUCUUCCAAAUGGACAAUGACCCCAAGCAUACUUCCAGAGUUGUGGCAAAAUGGCUUAAGGACAACAAAGUCAAGGUAUUGGAGUGGCCAUCACAAAGCUCUGACCUCAAUCCUAUAGAACAUUUGUGGGCAGAACUGAUAAAUGGUGUGUGAGCAAGGAGGCCUACAAACCUGACUCAGUUACACCAGCUCUGUCAGGAGGAAUGGGCCAAAAUUCACCCAACUUAUUGUGGGAAGCUUGUGGAAGGCUACCCGAAACGUUUGACCCAAGUUAAACAAUUUAAAGGCAAUGCUACCAAAUACUAAUUGAGUGUAUGUAAACUUCUGACCCACUGGGAAUGUGACGAAAGAAAUAAAAGCUGAAAUAAAUCAUUCUCUCUACUAUUAUUCUGACAUUUCACAUUCUUAAAAUAAAAAAAAGUGGUGAUCCUAACUGACCUACCAGUCAAACGUUUGGACACACCUACUCAUUCAAGGGUUUUUAUUUUCACUCUUUUCUACAUUGUAGAAUAAUAGUGAAGACAUCAAAACUAUUAAAUAACACAUAUGGAAUCAUGAAGUAAUCAAAAAAGUCUUCAACAAAUCAAAAUAUAUUUGAGAUUCUUCAAUAGCCACCCUUUGCCUUGACGACAGCUUUGCACACUCUUGGCAUUCUCUCAACCAGCUUCACCUGGAAUGCUUUUCCAACAGUCUUGAAGGAGUUCCCACAUAUGCUGAGCACUUGUUGGCUGCUUUUCCUUCACUCUGUGGUCCGACUCAUCCUAAACCAUCUCAAUUUGGUUGAGGUCGAGGGAUUGUGGAGGCCAGGUCAUCUGAUGCAGCACUCCAUCACUCUCCUUCUUGGUAAAAUAGCUCUUACACAGCCUGGAGGUGUGUUGGAUCAUUGUCUUGUUGAAAAACAAAUGAUAGUCCCACUAAGCGUAAACCAGAUGGGAUGGCGUAUCGCCUUGAAUUCUAAAUAAAUCACAGACCGUGUCACCAGCAAAGCACCCCCACACCAUAACACCACCUCCUCCAUGCUUUUCGGUGGGAAAUACACAUGCGAAGAUCAUCCGUUCACCCACACCACGUCUCACAAAGCCACGGCGGUUGGAACCAAAAAUCUCAAAUUUGGACUCAUCAGACCAAAGGACAGAUUUCCACCGGUCUGAUGUCCAUUGCUUGUGUUUCUUGGCCCAAGCAAGUCUCCUCUUCUUAUUGGUGUCCAUUUUAGUAGUGGUUUCUUUGCAGCAAUUUGACCAUGAAGGCCUGAUUCACUCAGUCUCCUCUGAACAGUUGAUGUUAAGAUGUGUCUGUUACUUGAACUCUGAAGCAUUUAUUUGGGCUGCAAUUUCUGAGGCUGGUAACUCUAAUGAAUUUAUCCUCUGCAGCAGAGGUAACUCUGGGUCUUCCUUUCCUGUGGCGGUCCUCAUGAUAGCCAGUUUCAUCAUAGCACUUGAUGGUUUUGCGACUGCACUUGAAGACAUUUUCAAAGUUCUUGAAAUGUUCCGUAUUGACUGACCUUCAUGUUUUAAAGUAAUGGACUGUUUUUCUUUGCUUAUUUGAGCUGUUCUUGCCAUAAUAUGGACUUGGUAUUUUACCAAAUAGGGAUAUCUUCUGUAUACCACCCCAACUUGUCACAACACAACUGAUUGGCUCAAACACAUUAAAAAAAAAGUAUUCAUCAAAACACUGCACCAACCGCCACUGCCAGACACAUCAAAGAUAGUCUUCCUUCUGAACUGAGCUGCAGGGCGGGAAUGAAACUGGUCAGGGAGGUUACAUAAGGUCAUUGGUCUGUGAUGGUAGAAAACUGAGAAUGGAUCAACAACAUUGUAGUGACUCCACAAUAAUAAGUGAAAAUAAUACAAAUAUACAGAAUCUUGUAUGCAACAAGGCACUAAAGUAAACUUUUUUGGGGGCCUAAAUACGCAAAGCCUAAUGUUUAGGGCAAAUCCAACACGUCACUGAAUAACUGCCUCCUUAUUUUCAAACAUGGUGGUGGCUGCAUCAUGUUAUGGGUAUGCUUGACAUCGGCAAAUGCUAGGGAGUUUUUCAGGAUAAAAAUAAACGGGAUGGAGCUAAGCACAGGAAAAAUCCUAGAGGAAAACCUGCUUCAGUCUGCUGUCCACCAGACACUGGGAGACAAAUUCACCUUUCAGCAGGACAAUCACCUAAAAUACAAAACCAAAUAUACAAUGGAGUUGCUUACCAAGAAUACAGUGAAUGUUGGCAAAGUUAAAUUUGACUUCAUUGCUGUCUAAUCAUGAUCCCCAAAAUCUUGACGGGGCUUUUUGAAAAGACGAAUGGGCAAAUAUUGUAAUAUAUAUAUAUAUAUAUAUAUAUAUAUAUAUAUAUAUAUAUAUAUAUAUAUAUAUAUAUAUAUAUAUAUAUAUAUAUAUAUAUUAUACAAUAUUUGCCCAUUCGUCUUUUCAAAAAGAUUCAAGAUUCACUGUAUUCUAUAUAUAUACACUGCUCAAAAAAAUAAAGGGAACACUUAAACAACACAAUGUAACUCCAAGUCAAUCACACUUCUGUGAAAUCAAACUGUCCACUUAGGAAGCAACACUGAUUGACAAUAAAUGUAACAUGCUGUUGUGCAAAUGGAAUAGACAACAGGUGGAAAUUAUAGGCAAUUAGCAAGACACCCCCAAUAAAGGACUGGUUCUGCAGGUGGUGACCACAGACCACUUCUCAGUUCCUAUGCUUCCUGGCUGAUGUUUUGGUCACUUUUGAAUGCUGGGACAUCAUGUCUCGCUCCAUCCACCAACGCCACGUUGCACCACAGUCUGUCCAGGAGUUGGCGGACGCUUUAGUCCAGGUCUGGGAGGAGAUCCCUCAGGAGACCAUCCGCCACCUCAUCAGGAGCAUGCCCAGGCGUUGUAGGGAGGUCAUACAGGCACAUGGAGGCCACACACACUACUGAGCCUCAUUUUGACUUGUUUUAAGGACAUUACAUCAAAGUUGGAUCAGCUUGUAGUGUAGUUUUCCACUUUAAUUUUGAGGGUGACUCCAAAUCCAGACCUCCAUGGGUUGAUCAAUUUGAUUUCCAUUGAUAAUUUUUGUGUGAUUUUGUUGUCAGCACAUUCAACUAUGUAAAGAAAAAAGUAUUUAAUAAGAUUAUUUCAUUCAUUCAGAUCUAGGAUGUGUUAUUUUAGUGUUCCCUUAUUUUUUUGAGCAGUGUAUAAUAAUCCAGGUGUGCAAUGCUCUUGGAGACUUGCCCAAGAAGACGCAGCUGAAAUCGAUGGCAAAGGUGUUUCUAACAUGUAUUGACUCAGGGAGCUGAAUACUGACGCAACGACUAUAUUUUAGUUAUUUAAUUUCUAUUCAUCUUCUUUUUUUUUUUGGUGACAAUUUUUCUUCCACUUUGACCACAGCAUUUUGUGUAGAUUGUUGACAAAAUAACAAUUUAAAUUUAACUUUAAUCCCACUUUGUAACGCAAUAAAAUGUGACAAAAUCAAAAGGGGUCUGAAUACUUUUCAAAGGCGCUGUAUAAUCUCUCUCUUGUCAGCACAGGGAGCUGCGACUGCCUACAUAUCCUGGGGUGUCGGUGCCACUAACCCUUGUAACCCACAUGUAUAGUUAUUAACCAUAUGUUCUCUGUUGUCCGAGCAGCACAGGGAGCGGUGUAGUGCCUAUGUCUAUAGUUAUUAACCAUAUGUUCUCUGUUGUCCGAGCAGCACGGGGAGCGGUGUAGUGCCUAUGUCUAUAGUUAUUAACCAUAUGUUCUCUGUUGUCCGAGCAGCACGGGGAGCGGUGUAGUGCCUAUGUCUAUAGUUAUUAACCAUAUGUUCUCUGUUGUCCGAGCAGCACAGGGAGCGGUGUAGUGCCUAUGUCUAUAGUUAUUAACCAUAUGUUCUCUGUUGUCCGAGCAGCACGGGGAGCGGUGCAGUGCCUAUGUCUAUAGUUAUUAACCAUAUGUUCUCUGUUGUCCGAGCAGCACAGGGAGCGGUGCAGUGCCUAUGUCUAUAGUUAUUAACCAUAUGUUCUCUGUUGUCCGAGCAGCACAGGGAGCGGUGUAGUGCCUAUGUCUAUAGUUAUUAACCAUAUGUUCUCUGUUGUCCGAGCAGCACAGGGAGCGGUGUAGUGCCUAUGUCCUGGGGUCUUGUAUAGUUAUGAACCCCUUCUAUGAGGAGGCCGUACAGUUGGCUGAGGAGGGAGAGAUCUCCUGCAGAGUGCACAGGUGAGACGGAGAGGCUACUGUUCUCUCUCUUCUUAUAGUUCCUAUGAUUUAUUUAUUUAUUUUAAUUUGAGCUGCACCUUGUCUCUCCUGUUGGUUGAUGAUGUGGUGUCGUCUCACUUCUAAUGUUUUGUCUCCUGUUAAAUGAAAAUUCCACCCAAAAACUAUAUUUUUGGUAUUUAUUUCAUUAGUCCAUUGUUGACAUAGUCCCAAAAUGUUUUGUUUUGUCAGAAAGAUAUGUAACUUGGAAUUCAAAAUACAGAAAUCAUCCCCGUAUGAUGCAUUUUGCGUCAUAUGAUGCCGCAUCAUUAUAAGGGGAUGAUUUCUGUAUUUUUAAAGUAACAUAUCUUAACUUCAUUGCUGACAAGCAAAACAUUUUGGGACUAUGCCAACAAUGGGACUAAUGAAACAUACCAAAAGAUAGUUUUUGGGUGGAGUUUUCCUUUAAGUGACUCCUAAUAAUGUUUAUUGCCUCCUGGUCAGUGUUGACUCCUAGUAAUGUUUAUUGCCUCCUGGUCAGUGUUGACUCCUAUUAAUGUGUUAUUGCCUCCUUGGGUCAGUGUUUUUGCUCUAUGUUGACUCCUAGUAAUGUUUAUUGUCUCCUGGUCAGUGUUUUUGACUCCUAGUAAUGUUUGUCUCCUGGUCAGUGUGACUCCUAGUACUAAUGUUUGUCUCCUGGUCAGUGUUGACUCCUAGUGUAAUGUUUAUUGUCUUCCUGGUCAGUGUGACUCCUAGUAAUGUUUAUUUCCCCUGGUCAGUGUUGACUCCUAGUAAUGUUUAUUGCCUCCUGGUCAGUGUUGACUCCUAGUAAUGAUUGUCUCCUGGUCAGUGUUGACUCCUAGUAAUGUGUAUUUCCCCCUGGUCAGUGUUGACUCCUAGUAAUGUUUAUUUCCUCCUGGUCAGUGUUGACUCCUAGUAAAGUUUAUUGUCUCCUGGUCAGUGUUGACUCCUAGUAAUGUUUAUUUCCCCCUGGUCAGUGUUGGACUCCUAGUAAUGUUUGUCUCUGGUCAGUGUGACUCCUAGUAAUGUUUAUUGUCUCCUGGUCAGUGUUGACUCCUAGUAAUGUUUAUUUCCCCCUGGUCAGUGUUGACUCCUAGUAAUGUUUAUUUCCCCCUGGUCAGUGUUGACUCCUAGUAAUGUUUAUUGUCUCCUGGUCAGUGUUGACUCCUAGUAAUGUUUAUUUCCCCCUGGUCAGUGUUGACUCCUAGUAAUGUUUGUCUCCUGGUCAGUGUUGACUCCUAGUAAUGUUUAUUGUCUCCUGGUCAGUGUUGACUCCUAGUAAUGUGUAUUGUCUCCUGGUCAGUGUUGACUCCUAGUAAUGUUUAUUGUCUCCUGGUCAGUGUUGACUCCUAGUAAUGUUUAUUGCCUCCUGGUCAGUGUUGACUCCUAGUAAUGUUUAUUGUCUCCUGGUCAGGUUGACUCCUAGUAAGUUUAUUUCCCCCUGGUCAGUGUUGACUCCUAGUAAUGUUUUAUGGUCUCCUGUUGACUCUAGUACUGUUUUAUUGUCUCCUGGUCAGUGUUUGACUCCUAGUAAUGUUUAUUUCCCCUGGUCAGUGUUGACAUCCUAGUAAUGUUUAUUGUCUCCUGGUCAGUGUUGACUCCUAGUAAUGUUUAUUGUCUCCUGGUCAGUGUUGACUCCUAGUAAUGUUUGUCUCCUGGUCAGUGUUGACUCCUAGUAAUGUUUAUUGUCUCCUGGUCAGUGUUGACUCCUAGUAAUGUUUAUUGCCUCCUGGUCAGUGUUGACUCCUAGUAAUGUCUGUGACUAUAAUUCCUUGUUUUCUUGUUUUUUUCCAGGACUGAGCUGCUGCAGUGUCUUGGGGACACCGACUUCCUGGCCAAGUUACACUGCGUGCGGCAGGCCUGUCAAGUAUGUGCCUCUAUACUCCUAAAGAAUACAUCCUGGUAAACCGUACCAUGCAUGCCACUGUAGUACUGUCUAAACUGGUGAUUGGUCCGUUCCAUCUCCAGAUGAUUCUGUGUGAGAGAGCAACGAGGACGUUUCUGGCUGAAACCGGAAAGAAGAUCCUGUCUUCCAUAAUUGUAAAAGCACGUAAGGUAAGAUAAGAUAAUAAUUAUAUUUAUUAAGUAAUGUAAGAGUUGUUUUAGAGAAACUAUUAAUGGGGAAACUAUACACUUCUACCAUUAGUUGUUACUGACUGGCUAUGUGAUAGGAUAGUCCCACUGGUUUGAUCAGCUGAGUGGGUGCUUUUUGUGAUUGGCUAAGGUUUGUUAUUGGCUAAUAAUGCUAAUUGUUGGGAAAGGGCAAGCAAGACAGGCAUUUCACUGUACUUGAAAAAAGUAUACAAAAUGUAUGCACGCACUAACUGUAAGUCGCUCUGGAUAACAGCGUCUGCUAAAUGACUAAAAUGUAAAUGUACUUGGACACGUGACAAUAAAAACUUGAUACUUAACAGAAGUUUGAUUUGGUUGUCAGAGCCCAAACAGGUUUGAGGUUUGAUCAGCUGAUUGGGUGCUCCUGUCUGACAGAUGUUUUUGAUUGGUCGAUAGUGUUUGCCUACUCUAACGGAGGUAUGUGAUUGGCCAAUAUUCUUAACGGAGUUGUGUGAUUGGUCGACAGAGCCCAAAGAGGUUUGAGGAAGUGUUUGAGGAGAUGAUCGUUUUCCUGGAGCACCCGGAACACUGGGAGAACACAGAGGUGGAGCUGGCCACGAGAGGGGUGAGACACACACACACUGUCCCACUGCUGGCCACGAGAGGGGUGAGACACACACACACUGGGAGAACACAGAGGUGGAGCUGGCCACGAGAGGGGUGAGACACACACACACUGUCCCACUGCUGGCCACGAGAGGGGUGAGACACACACACACUGUCCCACUGCUGGCCACGAGAGGGGUGAGACACACACACACACACACACUGGGAGAACACAGAGGUGGAGCUGGCCACGAGAGGGGUGAGACACACACACACUGUCCCACUGCUGGCCACGAGAGGGGUGAGACACACACACACACACUGGGAGAACACAGAGGUGGAGCUGGCCACGAGAGGGGUGAGACACACACACACACUGUCUCUCUGUCUCUCUCUAUCUCUCUCUCUCUCUCUCUCUCUCUGUCUGUCUGUCUCUCUCUCUGUCUGUCUCUCUCUCUCUCGCGCUGACACACACACACACUCUGUCUCUCUGUCUCUCUCUGUCUCUCUGUUGCUCUCUCUGUCUCUCUCUGUCUCUCUCUCUCUCUGUUGCUCUCUCUGUCUCUCUCUGUCUCUCUCUCUCUGUUGCUCUCUCUGUCACUCUCUCUCUCUGUCGCUCUCUCUCUCUGUCUCUCUCUCUCUCUGUCUCUCUCGCGCUGACACACACACACAGAGAGAGAUCUGAAAGUGUUUUAUAUGUUCCCCUGUUAUAGGUAAAACACCUAAACAUCCUGUUGGACUUCAUCCUGAUCUCAAACACACACUGAUCUGACUGUGUAUAAUGUUAUUCCUCCUCACCAGGUGAAAUACCUGAACUUCUAUGACGUCGUGUUGGACUUCAUCCUGAUGGACUCAUUUGAGGACCUGGAGAAUCCUCCCAUCUCCAUCCAGAACAUUGUCAACAACCGCUGGCUCAACUCGUCCUUCAAAGAGACGGUGAGUCGGAGACGCUACGUCUCCCUACGUAGACAGCUACAGCCCAGAGACCCACGUUGUGUCCGGUUCGAAGGACCAUGAAAAAAAGUCUGUCUAGAAUAGGCAGUGAUGGGUGAGAAUGUUUUAGCAGCAUUGCAGUGUGUUGUGUUUUGUGUUGACAGGCGGUGGCGUCUAGCUGUUGGUCUGUGCUGAAGCAGAAGAGACAACACAUGAGGGUACAGCAAUGUUUUUUUUGCUGGAAUUUUUGAAAAUGGUACUUUUGUGGUUAGCCUGUAUUCAAACCCUCGUCCUCGUCCUCCAGGUGCGUGAUGGGUUCAUAGCCCACUUCUACUCUGUGUGUGAGCAGAUCAGUCCUGUCCUGGCCUGGGGCUUCCUAGGGCCCAAUACCUCCCUGCACAACUUCUGCUGCUUCUUCAAGGUAGAAUAAUAUUACCUUUUAUUUGAUCAGGUUGUCCAGCUGAAGUCAGGGGAGCCUCAGCCAUCGUAACACUACUCCAUAUCAAUCAAUCUGUUUUUUUAAGGAUGUUCCAUGUCUCCAUAACACCUACUCAAUUAACCGGUUUCCUAGACUGGACUGAAAAGCAGGACUAGGCUUGAUCGGUGUCUUAGAAACCGGCCCAAAGAGUCUAUAUCUAAUUCUCUUCCUCCGCUCUCCCCACCAGGAUCAUGUGCUGUUCUUCCUGAAGGAUAUCUUUGACCUGGAGAAGGUGCGUUACUGCAGUGUGGAGACGCUAGCUGAGGACCUGCUCUUCCACCUCCAUUGCCGGUCUGAGCUGCUGUUGGCCUCCCUGGGGGCCGACUCCCGCUCCCUGGGGGCCGACUCCCGCUCCCUGGGGCACAUCAACACCUCCACCUCCCUCACCGACUGCCAGCCCCCAACUCUACCCCUCCGCCCGGGUGGAGGCAGUGAGAAGCCCCAAUGCCCAGAUCUACCC